AUGGCGGCGCCCGUAUCUACCGGUGUGACAGCCUCUGAAAACAUGACAGACUCCGCAAAUGGUCCCAUACAGAGCCCUGUGGACGGCCAAAAGCGACCACAGUUUGGUACUCGCUUUCUCACAGAUCCGCGUAAAGUCUUUCAACAUAAUGCCUGGGAUAAUGUGGAGUGGUCUAGAGAGCAGGAGGAGGCCGCACAGAUGAAAGUUCAGGAGAAUAGUGAGCCUCUCCCUCCAGAGAAACAAGUGGAGUUUGACAGCAGAGCUCACGAGUACUGGAACGACUUCUACGGUAUUCACGAGAACCGCUUCUUUAAGGACCGACACUGGCUUUUUACGGAAUUUCCUGAGCUAUCCCCUCGUUGGAAGACAGCCUGGCACUCCAAAGAGGGAGCAUGUUCAAGGGAGGAGCCUGCUCAGAGUGUACCAAACCUGGCAGUGAGUAGCGAAGAGGCCCCAGCAGCACAUACGGAAAAGGCAGAUUUCCCUGGCGUCUCAGCUUCCUAUCGCAUUCUGGAGGUAGGCUGUGGGGUGGGCAAUACAGUCUUCCCAAUUCUCAAGACCAACAAUGAUCCAGGACUUUUUGUCUACUGUUGUGAUUUUUCUAAUACAGCUAUCGACCUAGUCAAGUCUAAUCCGGAGUACGACUCAUCUCGCUGCCAUGCUUUUGUGCGUGACCUGAGUGAUGCCACAGCUGCGUAUCCCGUUCCUGAGCAGAGCCUUGAUGUCAUUGUCCUCAUAUUCGUCCUCUCCGCUCUGCACCCUGACAAGAUGCAGAGUUCUGUCAGUAGUCUGGCCCGUUUGCUUAAACCAGGUGGGGUCAUCUUGUUGCGGGAUUAUGGCCGCUAUGACAUGGCCCAGCUGCGCUUUAAAAAAGGAAGGUGCCUGUCUGAAAAUUUCUAUGUGAGAGGAGAUGGAACACGAGUCUAUUUUUUCACUCAAGAUGAGCUGCAUGAGCUGUUCAGUGGUGCAGGUCUGGAGAAGGUCCAGAACCUGGUUGACCGACGACUGCAGGUGAACAGAGGGAAGCAGCUGACCAUGUACAGGGUGUGGGUACAAUGCAAGUACCGGAAGACCCUCACACGACCUCAGGGAGAUGCAGCACACAACUGAAGCUAAUCACUGCCAGGACUUAAUGAGUCCAUGGAAACCAGCGGAACAUGGUGUGCAAACUGAGCAGUGAACAUGCAGGGGCAAAGACAUUGAAUACAGCGAAUAUCCCGGAGCAAGCAGAGGCAGUGACGGUAAAUACAGCAAACAUCCAGGAGCAAACGGAGGCAAUGACGAUGAAUACAGCGGACAUCCAGGAGCAAGCAGGGGAAAUGAAAAUGAAUACUGUGAAGGUGCCUAUGUGAUCUGUGGUGUGAGUGUCUGGCUGCUCAGGUUGCUAUGGCCACGUGGCUCUUUACAGCCAUGUAGCGUGUUCAGAGUAAUUGAGAUGAAGAAGUACAUAGAAGAAUGUUGAUGCAGGACUCUAAAUCCCAUCAUUCCUUGCUGCCUCCCAGCCACCAAGAACAUAUGGCAUUAUUGCUUGCUUUUCAAGCAUCUUAAUUUGUAUCUUAAUUUUUUAUUUUUUUUUUAAUAAAAAAAUGGCAUGUUUUUAUGAA